AAAAAAAAAAAUUUUUUUAAGAAAUUAAGUUACACAGCUCAAGUUGUGAUUCGUUAAACCACAGUAAAUACAUAACUGAUAAACAGUAUGGACAUCGAAUCACAAAUUCUUUUCAUGGGAUUCCCUUCCCGAACAAUUAAAAUCAGUCCUCCCCCGCGUCACUCAUAUUUAAUCAAAAAUUUUAAUGUUUUAUCACCAUGUCAAACUACCGAGAAUUUUGAGAUUCCACAAUUUGAACUGGAUGCAUUCGUAGAUAUUGACGAUAAAGAAAAGAAGUCGUAAACGAUUAUAAUAACUCAGGCCAUGGAAAAGCGAUAUUGCAAGAAUAUGAUUCACGCGUUUAUUCUGUGCGUCGUAACUAAUUUAAUGA